AUGUCUGACAGAGGUCGAUCGCCUUCCCCGGCUGGAGGCCCCUCCGGCUCGGGACGACGUCCUUCUCAGUCUCCCGCACGUUCUGCGUCUGGCUCUGCUGCUGGUGGUGCUGCUGUCGGCUACCAGAAACCCCUUGGCUUUGAUCCAGCCAAGCCCCAGGGUCAGGACACCCAAGGCAAUACCCGAAUGGAAUUGCCCCCUGACGCUUACGUGGCCGAGACCAAGAAGGACUUGUUCACGCUGCGAAAUGGGCGCUUCAACACUGAGGGGAAACCCGAGCAGAUCGAGGUCAACCAGUACAGGAUGACCAAGUUUGACUACAACAAAAAUAUUUAUCAGUACGACGUUUUCAUCUCUCCCAACCCGGACAAGAUCGGCCCCGUCAUGAAGAAGAUCUGGGCGCAUGCCACUACUCGCAAUGCCCUGAAAACCUACAAGUUCGACAUGUGGCUCUUCGAUGGGAAGAAGCUGGCAUGGAGUCCUGCUCUUGUGGAACGUGGCGAGGCUCGUUUCACUGUCGACCUUGACGAGGGCAAACGACCUGCUGGUGGGAGAGCUCGCGAAGGCGGCAAGUUUCUUGUCACAAUUCGCAAAACUACCGAAAUCCAAGUUUCUGCCCUUCAAGGUUAUCUCGAACACAAAAUUUCUUUCAACAACAGCGUUCAAGAGGCGCUGAACUUUAUGGAUCAUCUUGUGCGACAGUGGCCUUCCAAGAACCUCCUGGCCAUCAAACGAAACUUCUACAAGACUGGUCAGCCUGGAGCUCCUCUUCAGGAUGGAGCUAUUGUUGAGGUUCACAAGGGCACAUAUGCUUCCAUCCGCAUGAGUGACAAUAUCAAGCAGAGAGGUGUUGGCCUCGGCUACAACAUUGAUGUUGCCAACACUUGUUUCUGGAUCGGAAAUCAGCCCAUGGACAAGAUGGCUUGCAACUUCCUCGCCACUCUCGAUGGGAAGUAUGGAGGACAUACACCUGCCACCAUCAAUGAGUUGCUCAAGCCUGUCCGGGACCGCAAAACUGGACGCUGGGCCUCUUCGGAUGCUUUCAAGCAGCUCCGAAAGAUGCGCCGACUCAAAUUCAAGAUCAAGCACAAGGGUCGGAAAAACGAGGACAAACUGUACACCAUCCAAGACUUUGCCUUCAAUGAGAAAUUCGGCGAAGCUGGCGCAUCGGCCAGGACCUGGACUUUUGAAAAGGACGGGAAAGACAUCUCAGUGUAUGAGUACUACAAAAAGGAGUACAACGUGACCCUGAGACUGUCUCAUCUUCCACUCAUUGAUGCUGGAAAAGGUGGCAUGAUUCCUAUGGAGCUUGCCUUCGUUGAGGAUAUGCAGCGAUAUCCCUUCAAGCUUAACCCGGAACAGACAGCCGCCAUGAUCAAGAUUGCUGUCACCCGUCCAGCUAUUCGCAAGCGGGACAUUCAGAACGGAGCAGCUGCCCUGCAGAUCGGUCAAGAUCCGUUCCUGAAGGAGUAUGGCGUCAACUUUGAGCCGCAGUUUGCAAAGACCGAGGCACGCAUUCUGACUGCCCCUAUUGUCAGAUUUGGACAAGGUACAGCCGAACCCAGAUUUGCUGGUCGUUGGGACUUGCGAGGCAAGAAGUUCUGGAAACAGAAUGUCGCGCCUCUCCAGAACUGGGGCUUCAUCGCCCUAGAGCAACAAGUGCAGCUACCCGUUAUGCAGGCUUUUGCCAAUACCUUCAAGAGCACCUACAUCGGUCAUGGAGGUAAAGUGACUGCCGACCCUAUCCUUUUGCCUACACCUGGACCUCUCCGCUUUGAUGCUGCGGGCGCCAUUGCGCACGCUCAUGAGCAGAUCACGAAGCAACGGGGCUACACCCAGCUCUUGUUUGUUAUCGUCUCCAAGAAGAACAGUGGAACUUAUGAGCGCCUCAAGAAGUCUGCGGAUUGCAGAUUUGGUAUUCUUACCCAGGUCGUCCUCGGCAACCACGUGCAAAAGAACAAUGGGCAAUACCAUUCAAAUGUGUGCAUGAAGGUGAACGCCAAGCUUGGUGGUGCCACUUCCUGCACUCCUCCUCUGUGGAAGACACCUACAUUCUUCCCCGACAACCGCCCUACCAUGAUUGUAGGUGUUGAUGUAUCCCACGCCGCUCCUGGAGGCGUAACCCCAUCUACCGCCUCGAUGACUAUGUCUGUGGACAAGGAUGCCACUCGUUACGCCGCCGUUGCUGAGACCAAUGGAUACCGUGUCGAGAUGCUGACCCCCUCGAACAUCCGAUUCAUGUUCGGAGAGCUCAUACCUCGUUGGAGAACCAAUCACCAAGGACUGGUUCCUAAACACCUGAUCUAUUUCCGAGACGGCGUAGGAGAGGGACAAUUUGCGUACGUGUUGGACCAGGAAGUCGAAGAGAUCAAGAAAUAUCUUGCCACGAUUCUCCCUGGUGGACAGAUGCCGAAAUUCACUGUGAUUGUGGCCACCAAGCGUCACCACAUUCGUUUCUUCCCUCAGAGAGGAGACAAGAAUGGCAAUCCUCUGCCUGGUACUUUGGUUGAGCGAGAAGUCACGCAUCCUUUCAUGUUUGACUUUUACCUCAAUUCACACGUUGCUAUCCAAGGAACCGCUCGACCGGUUCACUACCACGUCAUCUUGGAUGAGAUGAACAUGCCGGUCAACGAUCUACAGAAGAUGAUCUACCAACAGUGCUACUCGUACGCACGUUCGACCACUCCUGUAUCACUUCACCCGGCGGUCUACUAUGCGCAUCUCGCUAGUAACCGAGCUCGCGCUCAUGAGAACGUCAACUCUAGUGAUGGUUUCCGAAUCGGUCCCAAGGGCCACGAGAUCGCUGCGGAGAAGCAGGCGCAUGGUGCCUCCACCGGCCUUCCUAACAGGACCGUUGAAGCACCUCCGUUGAUCCGCCUUGGCGGUGCACUUAGCCAGACGCCUCUAGAUGGUGAGCAGCGACAGAGAGACUUUUUCCGCGGCACUAUGUGGUACAUCUGAUCUGUGAUGGACGAUACCAUGGAUAGGAACGUAGAUGGUGAUGGAAUGACAGAGAUGAUGGGGUGACGAGAAUGGAGAGUUGAUCGCUAGGGCGGUGGGAAGGGCAUGGACAAUGCGAGCGAUCUUGAUUUCUGGUGUAUAAGCUAGCGGACGCAGCUUUGAGGAAGCACAGGAUCAUAUCAAAACUAAAAGGGGCGACCGGUUUGGCGGGAGGUGGCGGUGGAGGUUGAUUUUACCUGUUCUUAAAAUAGCUCUUGAUCAAUUCUAUUCAAGCGAUCUUGCCA